CAAAAAUUAUUUAAAAGUCAAUUAAUUAUCAAUAAAACUAUGACUUAUAUCAAAAAAUUUGAAGUGAUUAAAUAACAUUUAAUCUAUUCACUAAUCUAGACUGUUCUCACUGCCCUUGGAGAUUUAUACAACAGUUGUUUUUGGCAUUAAUUCACAUCAUUUAAUAUUUAUAAAAGAAAACAUUACAAUGUCGAGCUUUGUUAUAAAAGUUUUUUUAUUUUUAUUAAUAUCCCUUUGAUGGAUAUAAUGGUCGCAUUUUUUUUGAUUUUCAGCGCCUAGCAAUAAGACUAGUCUAUAUGGAGUAAAUUCAACAAGGUCUAUUUGGAUAAAGGUAUGUAUACAACUAACGGUUCGUUUAAUUAAAAUUGGCACAUAAUUCAGACUCGUGACCACAUGUUUUGGGAAGUCAAUUGCCAGGUGAAUUCAGAUGCAUUGCUUUUAAAUUUAUUUGUUUGUUUACAUGAUAUUACUUGGAGUUAGGAACUUCCAAUGUAUAUCAGUGAUCACGACAGCUUUUUCUGAUGCGCAGCCCAUCAGUUCUGGCCCCAACUAUUUGUCAUCGUAACAUAAAUCAAAACUAAUGUUCAUUUUAAUAAUUAAUCAUCUUUUCGUGAAUUCAUUCAUUGAAUUGUUUUGAUUUUUCGGUUAACGCCAAUGAAACACCAAUGAAACCAAGAAUGAUAAAAAUAAGAUUGCGCCAACGUGACGUCAUACUCUAUAAAUUGAUUGCAGGCAGCAUAGAAACAGAAACAAUAUGGCAUAUGACCUCACAGCUCAAAUUUGUUUUUGUAAAUCUUGGUCACAUCUGUCACAGUCCUAAUAAAAAAAAUAAUCAUAGAGAAGGUUCAUGAUUUGUCGAUUGUCAAAAUGUCCGCAAUUGAACCUUCUCUAUGAUUGACGUUCUCUGAACGAUUUCCAACAGUAAACUCAAAUUGGCAACACCACAAGUAACAGCUGCUUUAAAAGAAAACGUCAAUUAAAUUGACACUUGAACAUCUGAUUACUAAAUAAAAAUAAGCGCUGUACUAUUGGAGAAAAAAACACACAAGUUCAUAAAGCAUUUCCAAAACAUGUCCGCGAUAUUUAAUGCACUAAAAGCCGCGCAGAAGCUUCAAGCUGCAAAUCCCAUCUUAUUCCAGCAUGUAGCGAGAGGCAUGGCUAGUUGGAAUAAGGACUACAAACCUGAUCAGUUUCCAAAAACCGAAAAGCAGCGGACUGAGGCUGCAAAAAAAUACUACCUUUUGCCAGAGGAAUAUCGUCCAUAUGCCGACAACGGUCUAGGCUAUGGUGAUUACCCUGACUUGGGUAAAGGCUUAGGUAUUGAAUCGAAAGACCCCUACUACCCAUAUGAUUUUCCUGAGCAUAAGCGCAAUCUCCACGAGACGUUGCAUGCCGACGUUGAUUUGUAUGGAGAAGAUCGCUACUCGCAAGCGGAGAGACCAAGAUUUACAAAUUCUCAAUAUUGGCUCAGCUUUAUAGGUGUAAUGUCUGGUUGCCUUGCUCUUUAUUAUUGGUUGGAAAACUACCGUAUGUAUCGCCCAGUGGCUGUGAAGCAAUAUCCAGGAGAUGGCAGAAAACACUACACUUUCGAAAGUGAAUAAGAGUAGUAAAAUUCAGUAUAAAAAGAGGAAAAUAUAUGGUCUUUCCAAUAUAUUUUAAUUUUUCUGUUGUGUUACAAACGAUUCAGCUGGCUAAUAAAAUAUAAUACGAAUAAUAUAAAAACAAUUCUCAUAUAAAUAAAU